UUUCUAUAUAUGAACAAUGUUGUUUUUUUAUCAUAACCGGUUGAAAGGUAAUAGAUGACUUGAUGGUGUUAUGUAUCAGCAAAUAUUUAUAAGAUGGCGAAGACCUGCUGUUCUUAACCUGGUUAGUGCAUGUGGGCAACACAAUCAAGUUUCCGGGUGCUCUGCAGAACUUUCCCGCGCAGCCGCUUUUGGCGGGAACAAAGCUGCCAUCGAGCAGAUGAUUGGCUUAUCCGUCAUGUAAGCGACCGAGCUCGCUUGAGACAUUGUAAAAUAUUUCGUUAUCCAGAGUAAAGGCUUCGUGUACAUAUUACGCAUUAUUCAACGACAGCAAAAGAGGGCAGCAAAUACCAGGAAAAGGUGGCUGUCAUGAAUUCCAACACAUUAGAAAUGUCAGUAAUUUGUACACCUAUAUGGGAUAAAGUAGGUAGGGAAUUUCGUGCAAAGAGUUCCUACUAAGCCGUUUUGCUUUCAAUAAUUUAGUGGUAUGUCGGAUCGGACACCUUUUCGUGUGGUGGUGCGAGAGGUUGUGAAUUUGUUUGAGGACAACUCGUCAGCAUCAGCGGGCGACGAGAACCAUGACCAUCAUGGGGACACGUUUGAAAUGACCGCGCGCUCCCGCGAAACGUCUCCACGGACAAUUAUUGGUGAUCCAGAUACGGAGUUUCAAGGCAAACAAGAAUUACAAGAUGGCGAGAGAUUCUUCCAAAAGCCCCAAAAUGAGGAUGACCUCUUUGAUGACUCCUUUCAGGCCCCUCCUACUCCAUGCAGUUCUUCAACUAAAAGUAAAACAUUACCCUCAUUAGCGCCUGUGAAGAAUACUGAGGAAGACGAUGAUAUCUUUAAUAACAUUGACACCCAGGACUUUCACAUACCAUCCAAGACCGUGCAUCAGGGAGAAACAACGGUUAAACAGGAGAUUCGUCCAGAUGGAGGUAACAAACAGGAACAUUUAGUUUGUACGUCAGCAAUUUCCAAGACACUUUCUAAAGAAAAGGUGGCGUCAAACGUUGAAGAUCUUAGCGAUUUCAAGACAGCUGGCGGUAAAGCUAUGUACAUAUCCGCUACAACUCUUUCAGCUGUAAAGGGUAUACUUAAAGAUGAAACUGAUGACGGUUUAAACGAUAAACAAAAUUCAACGGAAGCAUCCAGUGGGUCCGUACCUGUAAGUCGCUCUAGGAUCUCUGCCGAAACCUUGCGGGCGUCAAGCAAAUAUCAACUUGACGCUAUCGAAAAUUCAGCCGAUCGACGCCAUUCUUUCAAAUUGCACACUAACUCAAAAAUCAGUCAAGUAUUUACAGAGGACCUACCACGACAAAGCCAUGAUGGUAAAAAAAGCGUUUUUGUAAAAAGCACUUUUGAAGGCUUUAAAACAGCAAACGGUGAGUCGGUCCCAGUAUCCGCGAAGCAUUUGGAAUUAGUGAGGGCGAUGUUUGAAAAAGAACUUGCACAAGUUCCUGUACCUGACCACGCAUUAGAGCUGAGUGACAGAAAGGAUGAAGUAACAUCGCUUGCAGGGGAUCAAGCGAAUAAGUUGCAUGAGAUUCCGGCGAUUCCCAUUGGAUUUGUGAGUGCCAAGGGUAGUGCUCUAAAGGUGUCAGCUAACGCGCUUGAAGGCGCUCGGCGCAUGUUUCGAGAAGAAUCGCUUGAAAUUAACAUUCAAAAUGGUGACGUCAAGGCUAACGAAAUAUUCGAGCCAGCCACCUCUGGUACUCGAGACUUUUUCAGAGCUACUGGAAAAAACGUUACAGCCAGUGAGAAACAUUUGAAGACUGCGCGCAAUAUCUUAGAAAAAGAACCAGUUUCAUCUAAACCUUCAGUCUCAGCAGCGGCUAAAUCUUUGGUUCCUACAACACCGUCAGAGAAACAUGUUAGUGAUGCCACAGUUGAGCGUAGCAUGAGAUUACUUAGUGACAUUGACACAAAAGAGCCAAAGUCUACGGCAGGGGUGAAUAAAUCAAAAACGCCAGUGAGACGUGUUUCAGGCUUAAAGCGACGGAGCGCAGCAAUCUGCCCUACCGCGUCGAAUGAGCCCUCUUCGUUUACUACUCCACAAAUAUCAACUUGGAUUGGAACUUCACUUGAGAGCACGCCAGAGCCUGUAGUUCGCGGAGACGACUUCUGCCAAUCUAAAUCAUAUCAGGAUUCGAAGGGUCAAGGUUUGCCACUAAUUGAUUCAUGUGUAACAGCAAGUACGUCAGAUGGCAUGUCGUCGAAGAGCUCAGUAAAAAAUGCCCUCCGAGAAUUGAUGCUUAUCGAUAGAGCACCUGCGUACGCAGGAGCCGAUUGGUUCCAAGACGACGAGUCGGGCAAAAAGAUUGACCUAAACGUAUCAAAGAAGAUGUUUCUACAAACACUCAAUGUGUCUUCAAAAAAUGACUUUGACCUCUGGUUCGCAAAUCACUUUGAACAGGUGGUGUGGAAGCUGUCUGCGUAUAGUAGACGAAUUCGUGAGUUAACUGGUUGUUUAACUGUGCACAACGUUCUUGAGCAGUUACGAAAAAGGUGGAAACUUGAAGUGCAAGGAACCCAUAGAAGCCCACUCAAAAUGAUAGUCGAACGUGAUGAAUCUUCAGAGAGAACAAUGGUCCUUUUGGUGAAGCAGAUUUCUCCGGAGCUAGUCCUCUCAGAUGGAUGGUACUCAAUCCCGUGUGAUAUCGAUCCCCCCUUAGCUACAGUGCUGUCACGUGCGGGCUCAAGAUCUGGUAUCGCCGUAGGACACAAACUGUGUGUUAGCGGCGCGGCCUUACGUGGUGCUCGAGACGGUGUUGAUCCACUGCAUCUCGAAGGAGCAAGAUUGGCAAUCCACUAUAAUUCGACUCGUCGGGCUCGAUGGCAUGCUCGGCUCGGUUUCUGCAGGGAGACGCUUGCUGUGCCUCUAUUGUCGGCACAACCUAAUGGUGGAUCUCUCCCCCUCAUAAGAGUUCGCGUUACGUCAUGUUCAAGUCUUAUGUAUUUUGAGAAAUUCGCUCAGGGAGGCAGCAUCAUACGAAAAGAAUCCGACGAAGUUAAGGAGCGCCGAAAAUUUGAAGGCGAAAUUGCCAAGAUUCAAGAAAAGGUCCGGGAGCAAGUUCGAAAGGAAAUAGAGGCAGAGAAAUGGCAUUCGAAACGAGUGUUACGUCCCCGCAACAAAGAAAACGUUUCAAAGCUAAACUCCGGUGAAGAGAUCUAUGAAGCUAUAGAGGCCUCACAUGAUCCUUCACAAGUAAUGAUGGCCUUAAGCUCAUCGCAAAAGCGUAUGCUAGAGCGCUACCACGAUUGUGUCCAGGCAAAUCAAUGCGCUCGGAUUGAAGAAGCUGUUCGUCGCAAAAUGGAGGAGCUUCGCCAGCGGGAAGAAUGCCCGCUUGAACGAAAAGUUGCGUCUUUAUUAAAGCUUUUUGUGCGCUGCGUGUCCAGCGAAGUGGAGGUACCCCUAACAAUAUGGAGACCCUCGGAAGAACUCCGCGCUCUUUUGUCACGGCCUCAUGUCAUUAUUGCGAUCCUAAGAGCGAAUGUCACCUCGUGCAGGAAUUUUCCCUUGGGAUUAACAACAACGCAAUCAACAAGAUUCCACUGUCUAACUAAGGAGCCUUUACCUACCAAGAAUGAUUCCAAUCAGAAACGAGAGAAACGAACCUCAGUUUCACUCACUCGAGAUGUCUCUUCUCCCAGUAAACGCCCUCGACUUCAUUUAAAAAGUCAUAGUUAAUGCUAUGUAUACGCGGGUUAUACUUUUUCUAUCACAAUGUAGCAGUAUUGUGUAUUUAUUAUAUUUAUUAUCCGGUUUUCCUAUUUCGGCAGCGUUCCUAAAGUACACGCAAUGGCUGUGUUAAAAAGUGGUAAUUCAAUUGGCUAGUUCCCUGUACGCCGUUUUAAAUAUGUGUUAAAAUAAAAAAAAAUAAAUAAAUGAGCAUAUAACCGUUCUACUGUAAAUUACGUUAUUUCUUUGGGUUGUUAUGACUAGGUACGCUUAGUGUGUAUUAUAUAGAAUUGAUUUUGCACAUUUUAUUCCGCAUUAACGUUCUUUAUAAAGAUUUGUACUUGGCAGCUAAAAUACUGCUACGUAUAAACAUGAUAUUAUAUAAUCAUCUUCUCCAUAUACACAGUGAUACUAGUUAUGUUUAUACCUGGG